GGUUUUACAACCUAAGUUACUGACUAACUAGUCUAACUGCUGUUUAACUGCUGUCUAGCUACCGCUAACUGUGUGUGUGAAAUAAACCUUCAGGAAGACAGUAUAGAUUGUUCCCGUCGUACUUGUUCUGGUUGCCCAUUCCAGAAGGGAUUAUUGAGCUGAAAGGAUCAGCCAGUAAAAAUCUGGACAGUAUCGGUAUCAGCCUGAUAUGAUACUCUGUUCGAUACCGGUCAAAUGUUGGACAGAUGACAAUGUAAGAUCCAAAAAUCUUACAUAUCACAUGCUUCGCUAUGCACACACUGUAAAAAUGUAAAUAUAAUAUAUAAUCAGCCUUUUAUCAUAGUCAUGCUAUGAACUGCUUUAUUUCUUCUUGAUCUCGAAAUGCAUCAGGACAAAUGUGUCGUUAACGGCUGCAUAGUUGAAAAAGUCUAAAGUGACUGUAUCGGAACGAUAUCGAUAUCGGCAGAUGCUCUAGUUUUUGACAUCAGUAUCGUACACGAAAAAGUGGUAUCGGUCUCCCAAGUGGAAACACAUGACACAGAAAGUUUGCCCUUCAAAAGUCACACAAUUGCCCACAAAAAGUAGGUUCCUGAUGGGUUAUACAGUACAGAGAACUGUAUAAUUAAUUGUCAUCAUUCUGGCUGUUAAUGUGUAAUAAAAUGUAAAAUGUUGGGGAAAUAAAGCCGAAGGAACUGCUCAAACUGUUUUACCGACUCAAUGGUUCAACUCGGAAAAAUAGCUUGAACCUUUAAUUUAAUGAAUGCAUUUCUAGUUCCUUCAAGUUGUGUUGGGAGUCGAUUAAGUCAUUAUUCUUGUAAUACAUCCCAGGAAUUAUACAUUAUUACAUUACAUAUGACUGUAAAUGUUCCUGUUACACCACACUACUGUCUCCACUCACCCAGGACAAAUUUCAAUGAACAAGAACAAGAACAUCAGCUUGGGAAAACUCCUAGAUUGCUCCAAAGUGGGAAUCCGGUCUUCUCCUUUCAUUUUGACAGACAGGAACCAUAAAUCUGAAGUGUGGCCUCGCGCUUACGCCACAAGGGACUUUCCCCAAGAUGAGUUAGACAAGUCCACACCUCCUCCGUCUUGAGCUAAAACACUCCCUCUGAUUGUGACAUACACUCUAUCUGACACCAUCUGUGUACUCUGGAGCGGCACAGGCAUUCGCAGUAUUCACAUCUUCAGCGAUAACACAGAAGAUAAAGCAGCCUGAUAUAUUGGCAUCAACCACAGCAGGAGCAAACAUGUCAGAACCCUCCGGUCCUGAAACCACAGCCACUGAGAGUCAACCCUUCCUGGACUCUGAGUUUCGUUACAUCCUCCUCCCAGUUGCCUACGGCAUCGUCGCCUUCCUGGGUUUCUUUGCAAACGUCUAUGUGCUGUUCGUCCUGCGCUGCCUUCGUAGCGCCAAGGCCAUGGGGGAAAUCCGCAUCUAUAUGACCAACUUGACCAUCGCUGACUUCCUUUUUGUGUCGGCUCUUCCCUUCUGGGUAGGGUACUAUAGUCGUCACGGUAACUGGGUCUACGGCGACUUCAUGUGCCGGCUGACGGGGUCGUUUUUCUUCAUCAACACCUACUGCUCCGUCCUCUUCCUCGGUGCCAUCAGUGUCAACCGGUACUGGGCGGUCACCCGGCCUCUGGACGCGGCCUCGUCAGACCACAGGCGUCGUGGGAUCAUUGUGUGUGUCGUCAUCUGGGCGUUGACCGGAUGCAUGGCCAUUCCAUUUUUGACAUCUCCAGGGAUCAACACCGACGCGAACAACGUCACUCGGUGUUUUGAGGGCUACCAAAACGUGACCGAGGAGAAGAAGAAAGUGAUCGCAGCCGUUCAUUUCGCAAUUAUCGGGAUGUUUUCCCUUGUCUUUUUUCUUGUUGUGGUGUGCAACUUCCUCAUCGCUCGCGCUUUACUUGCUCAAAACACUCCUAAGCCAGAAGUCCCAUCUGGGACACUCAAGGCCAGAAAGUCCAAAAGGCCCAAAGGGAUGAAAAGGAGGGCCCUGCAAAUGUUGCUGGCUGUGGUGGGCGUGUUUGCUCUGUGUUUCCUGCCCCACCACGCAGUCCAAGGCCCGUGGACUCUGGCUGUGUUGCAGAUCAAACAGGGCUGGGGCCACGUGGGCUGGGACCAGAGCACUCUUCAGGCACUCAACGAUGCUCAUCAGGUCACCUUGCUUCUCAUGGGCCUCAACUGCAUCUUGGAUCCGGUAGUUUACUUUUUUGCCACAAAGAAGUUCAGAAGGUUCAUCAUGGCCCACAUCAAACGCAUGGGAAAGGGAGAAGGAUGCUCACACACAACCAACUCGCAGAUUUCUAUGGACAGCAGGAAUAAUCAUAGCCAGAGACUUCAUCAACAACCUGAAGAGAAGUGACUCAUCAUUUUUUAUCAGCUGUGUAAAAUACUGUAUUAGAUAUUUGUCACUUGGGACAGCUGCGGUGGGUGUGUGUGUGGGGUUUCCACCUCCUGCUUCUCCAGAGCCCCACAGUCAUGAUGCUAUGUGUCACCAGGGUGACCAGGGUUCUGACACCACACCCUUUAAUGUGGACUCAUUUUCUUGACGUUUGAAACACUGCACAUUGUUGCAGCUGAUGUCUGGAUUGCACCAGUCUGUUCUUCCUGUCUUAAAUGGAAGCUGAAAAAGCAGAAGUUUUGCAAGCAGAAGUCCAUGCACAUGUGACUCUGUGAGGCCACAUUGUGCAAUGAAUGGUUCAAUCUGGGGCGUUUAAAACAACAACAAAGAAAGUCGAUAAUAGGGUGUAUCUUCUUACAUGAUUAGUCAUACCCAACAGCUGCACAGUGAGUCGUAUCACACCAGUAAAAUAUGUAAGAAUAUUCGGACUCCCAUUAGAGAAAUUCAUCUUUUUUUUUUUGGUUUUGCCUGGACUCGUCUCGCCCGGCGUUGUGAAUCCAGGGAACAGAAGUAAUAAUGCCCUCUGGCAUCCAGUAUUGUGACAUUGCGUUCAUUGUUUCGUAUGAUAAACAAAAAAGAAAUUCCAUGACUGAUAGUGAAGGCUGUGAAAGUCUGUAUAGCUGCUUAAAUGUGCUGUAUGUGUGCUGUGAACGAGAUGUUUUAAUUUAAAGUGUGUGCUCAGGGUCCAAUUGAUCUUGCAAAAGAAAAGUAUGCUCAUAUUCAUACUUGUAUAAUAUGUUUUUUUUUUUUUUUUUUAAUAUAAUUUUAGAUGUGGAUUUAAAGCUGUAGUGCGUUAUUUUUUGAAUAUAAACAAACGUCUGCUACAUUCAAACCAGAUACUCUCUACUCUCUGCGACGUAGCAGUGUUUUAGUGUCCGUGGAGAAUGUCACAACCACAAGUACCGGGGUACAGAACAUGCAGAACUCCUCGCUAACCUGCAAAGGCAAGAAUGCUAACCACUACACAACCAUUUGGGUAGUGGAAAAAGUCAGCAGGGGGUGAUGCGAGUUCCCCACGGGCACUUUAAAUAGCUUUAUUCUAAAAAAAACAAACAUGGAAAAACUGUCUCAAAUAAGAGGUUUUAUUAGUGUGUGUCGUAAAAGUAUGGUUUCUUACCGUUUUGUGGCAAUAUAAUCAUCAUUAUCAAACAAAGUACACACAUCUCCACAUCCAAUCUCAAACCUUAGCAUAAUUGAUGAGCUUUAUAUGGAGGUACUGAACCAGCUUUAACUUUUAAUCUGCAGCUGAAAAUCCUUUUUUUUCCCCCUCCAUUCUCCGUCUUCUCACUUUCCCAGACUCGAGUACACAUUAUCCGCAGUCAUAUUGGUGGGGUCCAGAUUAGUGUAGGCUUGGUUCACGCUUGUGCAAUUCAUGUACACAUCUCCAGCGCUCUCUGGUGAACAUGCCCUGUUGUAUUACAAAAAUAAUAGUGCAUGAACUCUGUUAACACCAUACGUGUCUCUUCAGUGCAGAGAAUAAUAUAAAUGUGAGUGUGUGUGAUUGGUUUCACACUUACUUUGAUGCCUUUGCAGGUCCAGGAAACCCUUCAAGAAAACAGAGGAGUUAAAAUUCACCACGGAAUGUUCAGUGCUCAAAAUCUCACCAAACACUUCAGUGAUCCGUGACGUUCUGCACCUUUAACUUCAGUGGCAGGUGUGCUCAGCGUUCCACCACCAAAUCUUUGCCAGCCGAGCCAACUCAAGAGAGUGAGGAUGAUGAUCAAAGCCAGGAGAGAGAGGACAAACGCAGCUAUUCCUAAAUUGUCACUCGCUGUUUUUAGAUUAGGGAGAAAAAGCACAGAAAAGCAGGUCAAAGAUGGACUCAGAUGUGGGUGAAUUUUAAAACGGGUGUUUUGUUUUGUCCUUGUUCAUGACAAACAGUCAAUUGUUGGAUUUGGCAACUUAACUUUUGGCAACUUAACUUAAGUUCCGUAGAGUUGUUGAUCCACUGCUGAGUUCAGUAAGUAAAGUAAAAAAUGAUAAGAUUAAAGUCGGAAUUAUGAGGAAAAAAAAGUCAGAAUUCAUGCUUUUUUAUUUGUUUUUUCUUUCUUUUUGAAACAAAUCCAAAUUUUAACUUUUUUUCCCCAGAUUUUUUUCCUCAGAAUUCUGACUUUAAAGGCGACAUAGACUGGAAGCUCCAAUUAAUGCUGUGUUUGUGUGUGUGUCUGCGUCAUUACCUCGUUUAUGAAAACCUAAAGUUUCAGAACAAACAGUUCAGCCACUGCUGAGAAAAUAGCGUUGUAUUGUUUUCCUGGGCUCUGCGAAGUGGAUCGGCACUUCCCUAUGCUGAUGAUGUCAUCAGAAAACCUCACCACUCCUCUCACCACCAUAGCGCCUCCUGGUGCGGGCACUAGUCCGGGCACAUCCGGUUGCGUACAUUCAACCGCAGAAGAAGAAGAACUACUCUCGUUGUAGCUGCUGAGAUGCAGAGCAUCCACCGUGCCAGAGGGGGAGCUGUGUAUCUGAGAGCUGGCCUACCAAUUAUGUCACUUCCAGGUACCUGGCCAAUCACAGGACAGUGGGAAACAACAGAGUCCACGUUCUGGGGGUGUGAUUUUGGUCUGAAACAGCGCGGCUGACGAGAGUGUCAGGGAGGAGAUAUUUUGAUCGGCUCGUUUGCAGUGACUGGGAGGUUUUUAACCAUGAAAACAAGUUAAUAUACGUAAGCAGACCUCCAUAACUAACAUAUAUGUGCGAUACAAGCAUUCAAUUUUAAAAUUUUGUAUGCUUGUUAUGCACCAAUGACACCAGAACAAAUUCCUUGUAUGUGCAAAUCGUACUUGGCAAUAAAGCUCUUCUGAUUCUGA